AUGCAUCCACAGUUAGAUAAGAAUAGAUUUGACACAUGCGAAAAGCUAAUGGACGCCCUUGAGGAGUGCCAUCGACGUGAAUUUAUCAAACAGUGUCUUGGUCUCUGCAACUAUGAAAAGGACCAGUUGGCACAAUGUUUACAUUACACUCGUGUUGGAGACUCAAAGGAAAGAAUAAAGGAGAGCCGUCAAAGGCAAAAGAAAUGGGAAGAAGCGAAAAGAAAAAGAGAGGAGGAAGAGUAUGGCAAAAACGGAUACUUGAAAAAGGUUAUUGAGUUGGAAAUGCAGAAAAAGAAAAAUAAUGAGUAA